AUGACCAAGAAACCCGUUGAUCCUUCGAGCUGCAAUGUCGACGACUGGCUCGUCGUACGUAGCGACAGCAGUCGCGACUCCGCCACAGACAUCGACGACCAGCCAGAGAGCAACAGCCCGAAAGCGCUAGGGAAACAGCGUAGUCUUGAAGCGUCACAGACUCAGAAUCAGAUUCCUGACACCACAAACUCUGAGAAAACAGUAUCUGAUACCAAAGUAAAAGAAUCAGAUUUAAAUCCGACGAAGGAGCUACUGAAGCUGCUCGUGUGGCAUGACGGACUGGAGAAACCCAUCGAGCUUGUCGAUGCGCAGCAGAAGCCGCUGCUGGUAGCUGCAGACAAGAGCUGCUCAACUUGGGAGCUACUGAAGCUGAUGCAGGAUCUGAUCCUCACCCAGCCGCAGCUACGUGGGGUGUUCCCUCAAGUGACAAAAGAAAACAUCAAUGAGAUCUUACAAGUGUGCGAACGCUCCGAUGACGAUACGCAGUGGUCUCCACUAUGCAGCGCAGAGAAUAAUAGCGCGUUCGAGCACUCGGAACUGCAGCUAACGUCUCAGUUUGACUUUCCCAGUGGGAACCAAUGUCGCCAGUUGCUAGUAGAGAGCACGUUUAAUACUAUCCAGAAGGGAGAGCCCGUGGAUUGGCGUCGUGGCAGAUUCUACAGUGAGAUCCAGGAGAAUUCCUGGCGUUUCGAGCUGCAGAUCGGUCAGUUGGUUGAUGCUUUAGACACGGAUAAACGCUGGUACGAGUCUCGCAUUGUGGAUACGGGCGCAGUGUACGUGAAAGUCCACUAUCGCGGCUGGACUUGCAAGUGGGACGAGUGGCUACGUCGCACGUCCGAGCGUCUAGCUCCGCUGCAUUCCAAGGCUCCCAAUUGGCGAGAAUUCCAGCUGGGAGAUGAAAUCCUAGUCGGUACUGAGGUGCCUGGCAAACGGUACCCAGAGUGGCGAGCUGCACGUGUAACAGCGUGUGCUAUUGAGGACGGUUCUCUUCAGAUUGAGGUGGAUGUGGACGGGAAGAAGAAGUGGAUGGACGCUCAGGAUGAACUUCUUUGUCAAAGGGGAACGCACAAGGCAUUGAAUGGCACAGCGCAACGAGACUCCACAGGGUUCUCGGUGCCUCAUUCCUUGAUGAUGAACUACUUUGAGCGACCAGAGGAACUGCCACCCUCGCCUUGCUGUAAAGAAAAACCUUUGGAUGAUAUCGAGUCGCUCCGUGCAGCUACACGAGCCAUGCAGGUAGCAGAGACCGAUGCAGACAGUGACGAGUGGAGUGUCGUGGAUAGUGACGAUGGCUGCUCAGCUGGGAAAGUGGAGUGCAAUAGCGCAACGGACGCCACUGGUAUGGAGAGCGAGAAGCCUAUUUCUAACGUGAGUGACGAGCGUAAUACCGCUGAGCAAGACAUCACUUCACCUACAGUGGGUAAGGUUAUCGCAACAACGACGGAGAGAUUAAGUGGAGAUGUGGACUUGAGUAUUAGCGAGGAAGAUGCGUGGCGCUAUGAGGUUCAGAUCGACCAAUUAAUUGACGCUCGUGAUACAGACAACGUCUGGUAUGAAUCUCGGGUGGUGGCUUUGAGCUCGACGCUUGUGAAGCUGCACUAUCGCGGCUGGACGUCUAAGUGGGAUGAGUGGAUUGAGCGCACGUCGACGAGGAUCGCGCCGCUGCACACGAAGGUGCGGAACUGGCGUGCGCUCCAGGUGGGCGACGCUGUGAUGGUGGGGCGACAAGUGGCGUAUAAGAGAUACCCCGAGUGGCGCAAUGCGGUCGUCACUGCUCUUGAAGCGUUGUGUACCACACAGUCCCCCUCUUCAAUUGCCCAACUUGUGUUCACUAUCAGCGGAGUAAUCAGAGCAGCAAAAAUGGCCGAGAUGCUGGCUCUUGAGGCCGCGCCGACGUUCGAGAGCGCGCUGGCAGUGAUCCCACCGCCUCCUCCUCCUCUAGACGACGAACUAGCCGAUUCUCAGCCGGUGCCGCCUCCCGAAGAACCCGAGGAUGACGCCGCCGUUCCUAAGGCACCAGAGACGAAAACUUUGGCCGAUCUGGCACACGAAGUGGCCAACUGGACGCUGCACUCAGACCACGACCUGCAUGCGUAUCUGAAACGAUACUCGGCCGACCUGUUCGCUCGUACAAAGGACCUGGAGGACAGCGUGAGAGACAUCGCAGCCGAGGCGGACUCGGCCCAUGUGCGUCUGAAAAACACGUUCAACCAGUUCCUCAUGCUGUCCAACAACCAGUUUAUCGAGAACCGCGUGUACGACGAAGAGCAAGAGGAUUUUUUCGGCGCUGAAGGCGGUCAAACCGCUGUAGACAAGCAGGAACCAGACAAGGAGAAGGAGGAGCAGCCAGCGGAGAGCUCUGUCACGGCAGAAAGCAAAGAGACAGGCCCAAAGGCCGCGGCCGAGUCCAUUGUCAACAAGUACAGGUCCGCUCUGGACAUGGGCAUGGAAGCCAUGAAGCUGUUCGUCAUGAUGGACGACGAGGACGACACGAGCGAGACGUCGUCGCAGUUCGACACGGUGCUGGACAUCUACAACGAGCGUCCGCUGCCCUUUAUCAUUGGCACAAGAGAGUUCCUAGAGGACGAGACGCUCGGCUUGGGCGCCGCCCCCGACGAUUCUUCCGACAGCGACAGCGACUCGAGUUAUGCGUCGUCCUAUAGCAGCUCAGACUCAGACUCAGAUUGCGAAGAAUCAGAAUUAGAAACAUCCAAAAGGCGGUCUUCUCGACACUCAGAGGACUCUGACGGUUCCUCCGUGGCUGCCCCACCGCCGAGACGACGUGCAGACUCGGAUGAGAGCGAUACUAGCGGGCUAUUCGGUCGUCCUCCCGCUGUGGAGACGUCUCGACGACGUGUAGACUCGGACGAGAGCUCCACGAGUGGCCUAUUCGGUCGUCCUUCAGUGCCAGAGUCCGCUCCACCAGCUUCACGUCAUCGUCCGGUCUUUGACGACGAGAGCGACAGCGACUGGACGGAUAGUGACGAGGAGAGCAAGACGCCACAGCGCAAACCAAGCGCAGUAAGUCGUCGCGAAGCUCCUCCGCCGUUUGCCGCCCCCACUUUAGCUAGAAAAGACCAGUUUUUAGACAGCUCGGACGAAGAGAGCGACGCUGGGCUGUUCGGCUCUACGCCGACUGCCAAACCUCGUGUCUUUGCUACUGAUGCACAGGAAACUUCCAGGCAGCGUCCGUCGCUGUUUACCGAGCAAUCUUCCACUAGUGAAGAGCUGUUUGCAGCCACUACGAGCACUCCGAAGCGUCGAAACAGCAGUAAGCGACUAAGUUCUCGACGUUCGGACUCGUUCGGCUCGUCAGAUGAAGAGGAAGAGUUAUUUGUUAGUGGGAGGGAGACUGCUCCACCGCCACAAGGAUUCCGGUUGCCCAUGGCUGACACGGCAAGAGAGUCGAGUAGUAGGGAACCGAAGAAGAGCUUCCUCUCUAGUGACAGUGAAGCGGAGUCCACGACCAGCGUAUUGUUUGGACGACCGUCGAGUGCUAAGGAGACCAAGAAACCUGCUGCUGUGUCGGUAUUGCCCUCACAACCUCGACGUCUCGACUCGGAUGACAGUAGUGACGACGACGGACUCUUUGGAGCUACACCAGCUACACGAGCUACACCGGCUGUCACUGUCAUCCCAGCACGACGUCCUAUGGAUUCUGAUAGCAGUAGUGACGACGAAGACGGUGGGUUGUUUGGUGCCACGUCUAAAGCUCUUACUGCGCCAGUCCCAGCGCCUCAGUCUCAGCCAGUACAGCGUUCACAAAGUGGACUAUUCGGUGGAGAUAGUGACGACAGCGACAGUGACGACGGCGGUCUGUUUGGUACUCGUAAACCAGCUACUAGUGCUCCAGUUGCUACGCCAUCUGCAGUGAGACCGCCACCUCUCGUCACACACGACGUCAGUGACAGUGACAGUGACAGUGACGACGGAGGCCUCUUCGGAGUCGCGCAGCCGGCUAAGCCCACACCGGUAGCUGCUGUACCAAUUACUGUCCCGCCACAGACAAGGCAAUCUCGCGCGCAAAGCGACUCGAGCGACUCGGACGAUGGUGGGCUGUUUGGCGCUCCACCUGUACGAGCUGCACCGAUGCUGUCACCGGCUCCAACGCCAGCGCCAAUAGCAGCGACGACCACGGCUGUGCCACCGACCAGGCCGUUGAUUAAUCGACAGAUUUCGUCCGAGGACGACAGCGAUGACUGGAGUGACGAUGACGGCGGUCUCUUUGGUGCUGCAACAGCCAAGCCGGCUCCUGUAAAACCAGUGGUAACUCCAACUCCAGUCGUACAGAGCAGUCCUGCACCCACACAAACUGCGGCGUCGUCCGACUCACUUUUUGGACAGCCAACGGGGACAGCAGCUGUUGUACAUCCACCGAUCCCUAGUGCUGCUGCACGAAUGCGCGCUGCUGAGUCGUCGGAUUCAGACUCGGAUUCGGAUUGGGACGGCGACGGAGGGCUGUUUGGACCUCCGAAAAAGAAAUAA